AACAUGAACUACUGCUACUAAUUAACUAAUAAGAGAAGAUGGAGAAUAAUUCCUAUGAAUAUAGUAGGAAAGUAAUGAAGGAUGUCUCUCUUCAGGAGCUUAGAGAUAGGCUUGCUGAAUUUGCCAAAGUUAGAGGAUGGGAUCAGUAUCACAGUCCUAGGAAUCUUCUUCUAGCUUUGGUUGGAGAAGUGGGAGAGCUAUCAGAGAUAUUCCAGUGGAAAGGGGAAGUUGCAAGAGGACUACCUAACUGGACAUCAGAUGAUAAGGAACAUUUGGAGGAGGAACUGUCUGAUGUUUUGCUAUAUCUAGUUCAGCUAGCUGAUGUUUGUGGACUUGAUUUAGGUCAAGCAGCUCUUACCAAGAUUCUCAAGAAUGCUCAAAAAUACCCUAUUACAAAACCUACUUAAUUCUCACAAAUAGAAGUUAUAAUUUAUUGCCAAUUGUUGUAGGCAUCUUAGAAGGAAGCCUUGAGCAAUAUAAAGUUAUCUUCGUGCAACCUAUAGGUCACGGGUUCGAGCCGUGGAAGCAGUCACUAAUGCUUGUAUUAGGGUACGCUGUCCACAUCAUACCCUUAAGGUGUGGCCCUUCCCCGGACCCUGCGUAAUCGAGCAUCUUAAUUAAGCUAGUGUUAUAUAUUUCUUUCUUGUGGAGUGUCUUUUUUUAUUCUAGUUUCUCCUCUUUUCCCUAUGUAUGAGGUAUCUUUGAGAGUUUAAAGGCAGGCGAUCGAGAAUGUGUUUGAACGAGAAUGUAUUUUCCCUUGUAUUUGAA